AUGGAGUCUUUAGACCACAGGGCGGAACCAAUUGGUGGUCCAUACGUCGAGGAGAUUUUCUUAGAGGCUUGUAACCUACAAUGGAAAUGUAUCGAAUUACGGUGUCAACGGCUGCAAAAGAUGCGACAGCAUAUUCGUUUGACUCAUCAGAUGGAACUGGAAGAACUACGAUACAAUCGUCAAUUGCGUCGAUUUAAACACAAGAAGGAAGCACGUCAAGAGAAGAAACGUCAAGAGGAAGAGACGCGACGUCGUCGAGAAGAAGAAAUGAGACGCCGUCAAUGGGAAAAAGAACGGGUUGAACCGAAGAAGCAAAAGAAAGAGAAGAAGAAGGAAGUGAGUGACAUGCAGAUGGAUGAGGACGGGCCUUUACCGAGAAAAAAGGCCGCUACAAAGACGAAGUCGAAGGUGUCAAAGACCAAGAUGCAGUUGAAACAGGUCAAGAAAACAAAGCCGAAGAGGAUCGUGCCUACUACGUUGCCAUCAACACGGCCAGAGGAUGACGAGGCUGGAACAGAGGAGAAAGAGGAUCAACUAGGUGGACAUGAGAGCUCCCCUUCGGAACUACCGGACGAUGGUCUGUUAGAUUUACUGUCACUUGAUAAGGCUAGUGAUUCCGAUAUCGAUCAUGAGCCGUCAAUGGUGAGUCUGAUUUUACCAGUUGCCCAAGACUUGCCGAAACCUGUGCCUGUGGAGAAGAAGAAGUCGACACCUCAGAAGAGAUUUGCGAACAAGAGAGGAGGUAUACCAGUGGAUUUCGACUUUACAAAUGCCGAAGCUAAGCGGCAAGCGAAAGCAGCUGAGGCUGCUCGGGGCAAACAGUAUGAAUGUGACGAAGAUGACCCCGAACCUGAACCGGUGCCGGCACCAUCGAUUCCAAUCCCAAAGAAGCGUUUGAAACGUCGAAAGGAGGCUGCAAAGGGCAGCCAGCGAGCAAACGGUGUUAAUACAUCGGGAGGGAAAACGUUGAUGGCAGCCAUGGCAGAUACGACGAUUGCAAUUAAACCAAAAAAUGGUGUGACGAGUGACGAGUCUACUAUGAGAACUAAUGGUAUGCGGAAAAAGACGACUGAAAAUGACACGGUUUCGAAAGGUGCACUGACUAAGACAAAGUUAAAGAAUGCACAGUCGUCAGCUGAAGUAGAGGGAAAGACGCCCGACGUAUCGUCGAAGGUGAUAAAGAAUGGAAAGACUGAGACGAUGUCGAUCAAGCAACGGCUAGCAAAUGUCGAGCUGCUCGCUCAAAUGAACAAGAUGCAAGAUAUGAACACACCGAAAGUUCUGAGCAAAAAAACAAAGAAAACCGAAAAGCAGGAAGCGGGAAAGACGCUGGCUGCUAAGCGGGCUGAGAUGCGAAAGAUGUUAUCGAGUGGUACAGAGGAGGCAGACGCACGUCAGCCCGACCAAAUGAUUGAGGAGGAGGACUUGAACAUCAGCUUAAACAGCAGUGGUCUAAUGAGCGAUAACGACUCGCCAGAAAAUCUCCGUGCUCUGACGCGAAAAAGAGCGAGGGUUGUAGUACAAGGGGAUGUGACACCUACGAAGAAGCUGCAGUUUUUUGAGAUCACGAAGCGGUUGGCUAAGUCGCCGAUGCCACGAUUUUUGCGAACUCCUACGCCACUUACCUCACCUGCGGUUCCAUCAGCUCGUGUCAACCUGAGGGCUGCGUCACCAGCUCCUCGUGCCGCAAGUGCUCGCAACACAGCACCAAAUGAAUAUGAAGAGCGCCGUAUGAAAUCAGCCCCCGUUAGGCCGAAGAAGACUAUUAAUGCAAACCGUUUUGGUGUUCCAAUAGGUGGCGCCAAUGUUGGCGCGGGAGGUGGUAGUUUUUCAAUGUUCGAUGCGUUUGUGAACAGUGGUAGCAAUGGGGCGAUUCCACGACUAAGGAAGAAAGCUUGA